GGUAGCCAUGAAGUUGGUAACAGUUUACGUUCUAUCACUGGUCUGCUUCGUGAUCAUCGCUGCUGCUCCGGACGACACGGACGAUGAAGAGAUGGUCAAAUUCAAAGAAUUCAAGAAGCGGAACAAGAAAAAGUACAACGGGGCGUUGGAGAGGGUGCACUUCAAACGCUGGAAGAAGAGGAGGGCUGCCAUCCGGCGGCAUAACAAUGGCACCUCAUCCGGUCGGAGGAGCUCAUUCCGUAUGGCUGACAAUUUAUUCGCAGACCAAAGCGAGGAGGAAUGGGAGACGUAUCUUUUAGGAGUUACGGUACCGGAAGAAUUCAUCGUCAAUGAAGAGGAAGAGAGUGAGCAAGUUGAAACGACGACUGUAGACUCUGAAACCGAAGGCAAUCUAGUGGACGAGAUCAUCGAGGCGGACGAUCGUCAGACUGCCCCUUCCCUUGAUUUGCGCAAUAAUCCGUGCAUGCCGCCCGUCAAAUUCCAGUCCCCGUGCGGCGGAUGCUGGGCUUUUAUCGCCACGACGGCCGUCGAAUAUCAGACUUGCAUGAGCAGGACAAACCGAACUCCUUUAGUGCUGAGUGAACAACAGCUGAUCGACUGCAGCGGAAGCUACGGCACCAAAGGAUGUAACGGUGGCUUUUACUCGCAGGCGUGGGACUAUAUCAUGGCCACAGGUGGACUUGCAACGAACGUCACAUAUCCUUACAUGGCAGCGGCUGGCACAUGUCAGUUUGUGAAAGGAGUCACGCCAACGGCAGGCAGGGUGUCCAGGUACGCGUACCUGGCCAAAAACGAAACAACCAUGUUGAACGCGUUGCAAAGAGGUCCCGUCGCAGUCUCCAUCGUAGCCAAUACGAAAUUCAUCCUCUACAGUUCAGGCAUUUUCGACGACGAGACGUGCAAGAGCGGGACGCUCAAUCACGGCGUCGUCCUCGUGGGUUACGGAAGGGCUAACGGCACUGACUACUGGAUCGUGCGCAAUUCGUGGGGAACAUCUUGGGGUCAAAACGGUUACAUACUCAUGAAACGCAACGUCAAUAUGUGUCGAUUGGCCGAAUACGCAUUUCUCGCUACCAUCUAAACUAAUGUGCAACCC